AUGGCCGAAAUAUUCCUUUUGCAUUCGAAAAGGAUUCUAACAACGCUAAUUCUGAUAUGGACUUUCACUGCGUCAGUACCCAAAGUUAUCGAAGAUGAUUUUCGUUAUUAUAACGUCGGCGUUUUGAUGGCUUCCAAUCUUCAUUAUCCUUUCGAUUUGGAACGGUGCGGCCCCGCCGUCGAUAUGGCUUUGGAGGAGGUUAACGAGAAAUUUUUAGCUCAGCACAAGAUUAAGUUGUUGAAAGUACAAAAAAGUUACCCAUCUUGCAGUGGCGAAUUGGCACCCGGUUUGGCAGCGGACAUGCACUUUUUAUCCGACGUUUUGGCGUUUGUUGGACCUUCUUGCCUGUUUGCUUUGGAACCUGUCGCUCGAUUAGCUGCUUAUUGGAAUACGCCUAUUAUUACUGGAAUGGGCGAUCAGGGUAUUUUGAAAGACAAAAGCAAAUACCCGACGCUAACCAGAAUGUCCUACUGCCAAUGCCGCCUGAAAAAAGUUUUCUCCAGCAUUCUAAAUCAGUUUGGAUGGAAACAUAUUGCUCUUAUUCUGGACAGAUCCGAUUUAUUUUCUCUUACAGUAGAUGAAUUAGGCUGA